GAAAGCCUGAGCAGGAUCAGAUGCAGUGCAGGAUUUCUGUCCCAGAAAUUCACCUAAAUUCAUACAAGGAUACACUUUAUCUAUUUUGGACUUAGCUCAAGGAUAGAUAGACCCAUUCAAUCAUUAUUUUUUUUUUAAAUUCUGGACUCUACUGGUAACUCACUGGACUGUUUUUUUGGACUCUACUGGACUAAAUUGGACUUUCUGGGGUUUCUAUCGGACUUUCAGUUAAAUCUAUUUUGUAGUAAGCUUUUAUAAAAUCUGAGGCAGCAGUAUUGACAGUUUGAAUGGAUUUAUUUUACACUGCAGUGCUUUAAUUUUUGAAGAAUCUGGCCAUCCCAGAUAAAAUAAGGCGAAGAAAAACAGCUUCAAAUAGCUCCUUCAGACCAAAUUAUGUAUUUAUUUCUUUAAAAAAAAAGUUAAGUCUGGAGUGGAAAGCAGUCAUUUGUAAAACUAACAAUAGAAGUUCAGUUUGGCUCAGGUGAGUUUCAAUAACAGGGAAGAAAAGAAACCAGCUGCAUUGCUGGAGUAUUUAUUUUGACAGUAAGGUUGACAUUCUCAUUUAGAUGUUGGUGUAGUUUAAACUUCAUGUCUUGGAGGAUGCAAACAAUCAUCAGAAGCAGCAGCAGUUGCAGCAGGAUGAGUCUUCUGUGCGUGCUCUGGCUGCUGACAGUCUGUCUGGCUCCUGGAAGCCAAGCUCAGAGGCUGAGGGAAGCAGAGAGGGAGAAGCCAGCAGAGAAAGUUGCGCUUAUGGAGAGCGAUGGAGUCUGUUACCAAGAAGGAUGUUACGCUGUCUUCCUCCAGAAGAAGACCUUCAGGGAGGCUGGGCGCAGCUGCCGGGAGCGCGGAGGGACCUUGGCGACGAUUUAUAACCAAGAAGCUGCGGCUGUCGUCCACGAGCUGCUGUCAGCCAUCGAGACACAGGGAUCCGAGUCAAAGCUUUACCUCUGGAUUGGGUUGCACAGACCUCCACGUCAGUGUUCAUCCACCCGACCGCUCAGAGGAUUCGUCUGGGUCACAGGAGACCAGAAUGUCCAGUUCACCGACUGGCUCAAAGAAUAUUCCCCAUCAACUUGUGGAGUCUAUCGCUGCGUUUCUAUGAUUGUUCACACAUCUGAGAGCGGGCGUGAGAGCGAAGAAAACUUCCAGUGGCUUGAGGGCUCCUGCUCGGUUCCACUGAAUGGCUAUGUUUGCCAGUACAACUACAAAGGCAUGUGCCCACCUCUUGAAGAUGAGGGUAGAGGUGCACCUGUUUACACCACCCCAUUUUACCUUGUCAGCAGUCUGCUGACUCAUGUGCCAUUUGGGUCUGUGGCCACCGUGCAAUGCCCUGCAGACGGCGCAAAUCCAGAUCCUACUGAGAUGACCGCUCUGUGCAUCCAGAGAGACGACGAAACAGUGGGCUGGUCCACCGAUUCUCCACUUUGUCCACCCAUUGAGGAACCACAGAACCAAGACUGGUGUAGCAAGGAUCACGGAUGUGAGCAGCACUGCCAGAACACAGACACAGAUUACUACUGUUACUGCUCUGAGGGCUUCACAAUAGAUAAGGAUGGAUACAGCUGCAAGCCUGACACGCUGAGCCAAACCAACCCACCUGAGCUAUCUGACUCUGCAGGUCCCACCGACUUGCCUCACAUCAACCCAGCCUGUAUAGAGAUGGGGUGUGAGUAUAACUGCAUGGAGACCCAACGGGGUCUUCGGUGCACAUGCCCCCCAGGCUAUCAAAUGGCUCCAGAUGGCCGCAGGUGUUCCGAUGUCGAUGAAUGUCAGCAAGGACCGUGUCCCCAGCUCUGUGUCAACAUCCCAGGUACCUUCCACUGCACCUGCCUUUCAGGGUAUCAGCCAGACGACGAGGGCGAGUGUGUGGAUGUGGAUGAAUGCCUCGAUGAUGGCAGCUGUGAGGGUGUGUGUGAAAACACAGUGGGGUCCUUCAGGUGCGUGUGUGACGCUGGCUAUGAGGUGGGCAGCGAAGGAGAGUGUGUAGAUGUAGAUGAGUGUGCGACGAGGUCGCUCUGCCAUCAGCACUGUCUCAACCUAAUCGGAGAUUACCAGUGUUACUGCGACAAUGGCUAUGACCUUCAGUUAGACGGACACACCUGCCAGCCUUCACUUGAAGACGAAGAGUAUUCUACUCUGACCCCCGACCCGGGUAACUCUGUUCAUGUGGCCAUCUUUGACCAUGAUAUUCCCUGGUCCUCCUCAUUCACUCCUGACCCAAACUUUGAAGUUGACACCAACUUUGAUGCUGACUGGGUGACAGAGGCCCCUGAAGGACUUCCCCCUGAUGGGUCUCACAGGUCAGAAAAUCACCUAAACCAGUGGGACACCCUGUCACCCAGGGGAUAUCAGACAUCCCCGUCCCCGACGCAAAAAGGCAACAUAGGCAAUGAAAUUAAUAAGGGCGUGGAUGCUGAUGCAGGAAGUAGAGACUCUAGUCCAGGUGUGGUAGAGGACACUGCAAAUGGCUCAAAUUCAGAGGAACCUAACAUGGGUGGUGCAGAAGAAGCUAGCGACAAAGCUGCAACAAAGGCAGAAUCUGAUGAAGGUAAACAGAAGCACGACAAGAGCUGGCUGCUCGUGGCCCUCCUGGUGCCCCUGUGUGUGUUCCUGGUAGUAAUGCUGGCUCUGGGGAUUGUUUACUGCACCAGCUGUGCUGUGGACAAGAGCCUUCGCUUUUCAGACUGCUAUCGCUGGAUACUUCCCACAACGCCUCCUGAGAGGAGGGAAGUGAAAACCCAAGCAUGAAACCAAAAAUAAUCAAACACGCACGGAUGUCCUUAAAAUGCAAAUGUCUGUUAAGAUUUGUCUAAAACUGCUAUCCACUCAUCAAGAAAACUUUUCAUUUUUGUCCUCUUGCACAGCUUUUGUAAAUAAUGUACUCUGCCAUCAUUUUUUUGUUUUGUUUUUUGUUUAUUUGUUUUUUUAGAAUUCAAUAAAAACCUU